AUGCUGCCAGCCUUGCGCAUUCAACUGUGCAGAGUCGUCAUUCGCCCAGCUCCUCGGCCAGUCGCCAAGAUCCAACAAUGUCAAUUCCACAUUGCGCGCCCUAUCUCUCAUUCUCUGCGAUGCAGGUCCAUGGUGGGGAAGACCUGGCGUCGAUGGCUCGUUACUAGCAACAACAACAACAAUGACCAUAAUAAUAAUACGCCCGAAAAUGAUGCCAAUGCGACGACCAAAUUGAAGCAAAAAGCAGAGAAUGCAAAGAUUGUCAUCAACAAGCUCAAAGAGAACAUCCCAACGCAUGAAAACAUUUACACCAUCCCAAACUUUUUGACAUUCUCAAGAAUCGUAUCGGCUCCCUUUAUUGGUUAUCUUAUCAUGCAACACGACUACCAGCUGGCAUUGGGUGUGUUUGCAUUGGCUGGUAUCACGGAUAUGCUGGAUGGUUACAUUGCUCGAAAGUACAAGCUCAAGACUGUGGUUGGCAGUAUUAUUGAUCCAGCAGCCGACAAGGCUCUCAUGACAGUGAUGACAGUGACGCUGGCAGCACAACAUGUAAUACCAAUACCCCUUGCAGCUUUAAUCCUUGGCAGAGAUGCGGGUUUGGUCCUUGCAGCAUUCUAUUAUCGGUACAUUUCGUUACCAGAGCCGAAAACGCUGUUCCGUUAUUUUGAUUUUUCUAUUCCAUCUGCUGAAGUACGACCCACUAUGAUUAGCAAGGUGAAUACAGCAUUACAGUUGGCAUUGAUGGCAGCGUCCUUGACAUCCACUGCUUUGGGAGUACCAUCAACUGAGAUUAUGACAGCGCUACAGUGGACAGUGGGUGGCACAACCGUAUGGUCGGGAGCCAGUUAUAUCUAUUCAAAGGAUGCUGUACGAAUCUUGAGCCGCCAAAAGUGA